GCCGCUGCAAGUGCGCGCCCGGCGUGGAGCUCGGUCCCCGCGCGCUUAGUUACCCUCCGGAGCUCCCGGGACGGAAGCUCGCUCCAGCGCUUUCUCUUCAUGCAAAGCAAAACGCAGGCCCCGCUGCCUGCCACACACUUGUCAUCUCUCACAGUGGAUGUGGUCGCCUGGGGGUCCAGACCUUAUGGGUUGCCUUAUAUGGGCUGCCCUGGUACAGUUUCUGAGUCUUUACCAAUUGAAUAAGCUGGUGGUAAACUUGCCCCUUCUCCUUUGAAAUCCGUCAUUCAUUGUUGGAGACCACAGAGUGAAACAAAAACAAUGCUGUUCUCCAUUUCAAGAUGCCUAUGCAUGUCAGAUAAAUACAAACUGACAACUCUCAAAGACAGGACAGAGGAAAAACCAUUGGUGCUUGAAACCUUGAAUCUGUCCUUAAUAAAGAAAAGUCCCUGAUUGUUGUCUGAAAUGCUGUGGAAGUUGCUGCGAAGGAGACUCUUUUCUUAUCCCAGGAAAUACUGCUUCUUGCUCCUUGUUUUUUUCCUCAUUGCCUUCUCUGUUUUAAUAAUUCACCAAAAGCCCGAAUUUGUCAGCGUUGGACAUUUGGAGCUGGGUGGAGAGAAUCCUGUUAGUAACAUUAAUUGCACUAAAGUUUUACAGGGUGAUGUGGAUGAAAUUCAAAAGGUAAAGCUUGAGAUUCUAACAGUGAAAUUUAGAAAUCGCCCUCAGUGGACAAACUAUGACUAUAUAAACAUGACCAAGAAUUGUCCUUCAUUCAUCAAGAAUCGCAAAUAUAUUAUAGAACCUCUUAGUAAAGAAGAGGCAGAGUUUCCAAUAGCAUAUUCUAUAGUAGUUCAUCACAAAAUUGAAAUGCUUGACAGGCUCCUAAGAGCCAUCUAUAUGCCUCAGAAUUUCUAUUGCAUCCACGUGGACAAAAAAUCAGAGGACUCCUUUUUGGCUGCGGUGAGGAGCAUUGCAUCCUGUUUCAAUAAUGUCUUUGUGGCCAGUCAGUUGGAGAACGUGGUGUAUGCGUCGUGGAGUCGUGUUCAGGCUGACCUCAACUGCAUGCAAGACCUCUACAGCAUGAGUGCAGACUGGAAGUACUUGAUCAAUCUUUGUGGCAUGGAUUUUCCUAUUAAAACCAACCUGGAAAUUGUCAAGAAGCUCAAGUCAUUAAUGGGUGAAAACAACCUAGAAACGGAGAAAAUGCCACCUCAUAAAAAAGAAAGGUGGAAAAAGCGCCAUACAGUCGUUAAUGGGAAAGUGACAAACACGGGAGCUGACAAAAUGCCCCCUCCUCUGGAAACACCUCUGUUUUCAGGCAGUGCCUAUUUUGUAGUCAGUAGGAAGUAUGUGGGUUACGUACUCAAGAAUGAAAAAAUCCAAAAAUUCAUAGAGUGGGCAAAGGACACAUACAGCCCGGAUGAAUACCUCUGGGCCACUAUUCAGAGGAUCCCUGAAGCCCCUGGGUCACUGUCCUUAAGCCACAAGUAUGAUAUGUCUGACAUGCAGGCAAUCGCUAGGUUUGUCAAGUGGCAGUACUUUGAAGGUGACACAUCCAAGGGUGCCCCCUAUCCACCCUGCAAUGGGGCCCACCUGCGUUCUGUGUGCAUUUUUGGAGCAGGGGACUUGAACUGGAUGCUGCAUGUACACCACUUGUUUGCCAAUAAGUUUGACACGGACGUCGACCUCUUUGCCAUCCAGUGUUUGGAUGAGCAUCUGAGGCAUAAAGCCCUGGAGACACUGAAACACUGACCAUUGUAGGCAGUCUUAAAAAUUUGAAGGAUAUAUGUGAUUCUAUGUGAUUCUUCUACAUUGUUAAGGAAAAAUCUGUAGGGGUUGCUGUUUGGGCCAAGAACUCUAAAUCAUCGUGUUAGAAAACCUACAUGUCUUCUGCAGUGCACAGUUGCUAGAAAGGUUAUGGUGUUGAAUGAUGACCUACAGUUACCUUGAGGCCAGGACCAGCACUGUGGGGCGAGGUGGCCCAGGCAGCCAGGGAAGAGGUAAAUGCAAGAAUCAGCCUGUUAAAAGAGCUCAGGGACUUAAAAAUACUCUUCAGAUUUGACCUGUGCCAAAAUUACUUUGAGAACUAUUUUCAAAGUAACUUUCAGGAUUCGAAUAACUUUAUAGCAACAAGUAAUUAUGAAGAUGUAAUUUAUCUUGUAGGUUGUAUGUGUUGAAAUAGGAAUUUGACUAUACUGUAAAAAUCACCCUUUUAAAUUAUUUACUUCUGGGGCCUCCCCGGUGGCGCAGCGGUUGAGC